UGCACUGUUGACUGUCAUGGCGGCGUCCUCACGUCUCAUUUCGAGGUUGACAUUAGUGACGGGGGGUGGCAGUGGCAUUGGCAGGGCAGUGUGCCAGAGAUUUGCCACUGAAGGUGCAUCUGUGAUUGUGGCUGACUGCAAUGAGGAAUCAGCCAAUCAGACCCUGGAACUCAUGUCACGUGACCUCAAAGGUCAGGUGCACAUGGCACUGGGGGUGGACGUGUCAUCAAAGGACAGUGUGGAGAAACUAGUGACAAGUAUACAACGUCACUACUUCCAACCGCCCUCUGUAUGUGUGAAUGCUGCCGGGAUCACACAAGAUGAAUUUCUUCUUAAAAUGGAAGAAGAGGAUUUUGAUAAAGUCAUUGGCAUUAACCUAAAGGGCACAUUUCUUAUGACUCAGGCAGUAUCCAAGGCUCUAGUUUCGGCAGGUGCCCCGAAGGGCUCCAUCAUCACUGUGGGCAGUAUCGUGGGCAAGGUUGGGAAUAUUGGCCAGGCAAACUACUCGGCUUCUAAAGCAGGGGUGGAGGGACUUACUAGGACUGCAGCCAAAGAACUGAGCAAAUUUGGGAUACGUUGCAACUGUGUGCUACCGGGAUUCAUCAGUACACCCAUGACGGAUCAAGUGCCAGAGAAAGUGAUCAGUAAACUCACAUCCAUUAUUCCAAUGGGAAGAAUGGGGGAGCCUGCUGAAGUCGCUGAUGCAUGUGCCUUUCUUGCUUCCGAUGACAGUCGAUAUAUUACUGGAAUCAGCAUUGAAGUUGCUGGUGGCCUUUUCAUUGGCUGACAACACUCUACUAUCUACUGUCGAAAGUCUCCAAAUUGUGCCUUCAUCCUUUAAAGUGAAUUAAUUGUCCUUGUAAAAAUUCAUUUUAAUUGCUGUAAAAGUAAUGUUUGUAAAAAAUGUAAUAAAUGAUACUAAAAAUGAUAUAUAUUUAUACAAUUGAAGUGUGAAUAUUUAUUUUGUACUCAACCCAAUUAAAAACUAAACAAAAAAACAAUUAAGUUCACACAGGAGGAAAUGCGUUGAUGUGUGGUUUAAUGGGAAAGUUUGGACCGGAAACAACAUCGUCAAAUAAUUAAGACAGUUAACAGUUCAAAACCCAAACUAAAAAAAGCUGAAACAAAAUUAGGAGUAAAUCAUAACAUUUGUUAAUAGUUGAAUAAUAAUAAUAAAAAAGUUAUUUGGAGGAAAAUGGCCAGAUUUCAUGCAAAUUGGUUCACUGAGACAUGUGAAGACAUCUAAUGUGGGUUGGAGAUCUUGAUUUUGAGCUGUUUCAAAGAAAGAAGAAAAAUGGGACUUUGGCACAGACAAAUGAAGAGGCAGAUAAAAUAUUAACAGGAUAACAGGAGAUGGGUUCAAGAAAAACAAAGGAGUCCAACAGCUCUUUAAAUAGAUUAUAUAUUACAUCAUAGCACCAUAUGGUUUUAGCACCAUAUUUCCAUAUUUUGUAAAGAUAAAUGUGUCUUUCACUGACAAAAGCAAACCGAGCCGUAUUGUCCUUGUGAAAAAACCACACAAACAACUUUUAAUUCACAAAUAAUUUUUGUAGCUUUUCAUUCCCCUCUUCUUGUUUUAAAAAAGAAAACAAUAUACAUAAAAAAACAAGCAAACUAUAUUUCCCAACUGCCUCCUUCCCUCUCUUUCUUCUGUCCCUUCUCCACUGUUGCCUGAAAAUGAGAACAUUUUGAUCUUUUUGUUGUCUUCACUUCCACUAAACUGUCCUAAGCCUCUAGCUGCAAAUGAACUGCAUUGAAAUAAUGCAACAUUACCUGAUAUCACCAAUAAUUGAUCACAAGCAGGUAUAAUUCAUACAGAGAAGGCAGACAUGCUGUCUGGGGUUUAAUUGACAUAUUUAAUAGACUGAUGAGGAAAUUACAGAUGAAACACCACAUUACUUUGUACUGUGAGUAUUUUGGUCAUUUUCUUGUGAGCACCUGUUUGUUUCACAAAAUAAAUACAAUAAAAUAUUAUUUCUGUACAAAUGGUUCUAAUGCACAAUUCCAGCCGGAGCACUGUCCACAUAAAUGGUCAAUGUUGGAUCAAAAUUGCACAAAGUGUGCAUUCAGUCAUUUACAAACAUGAAAGAUUGUCAGACAAAAUGCAAAUGUAAGUAUAUAUAUCUACUGAUAUGGCUGAAGUUAUAAUGGCUCCUGUAGAGAAAUACUGGACUGGUAAGUUGGCAGUAUGUUCACGGCAUGAAUUGUAAAUUCUUACAGAUUUCAUCAUCUAUAAUAAAUGUACAACAAUAUCAAGUUCAGUACAAUUUUACACUGUAAAUGGCUUUCAUUGCAUAUACUUGGUAAGUUCAAUUUCUAGUAAGACUUUAUUACAGUACUGAAAGGGUUCAUUUUUUUUCUCUCAUAAUGGCAUAAAUUCACCUUGUAAUUGAAAAUUUUAUCCAUUCCUCAGUUUGAAUUUUGUACCUGCAGAAUCUAUUCUAUAUAUGGUAAGGAAGGAAGUGAAGUGUAUGAGGGGGUGGAGCUUGCACAGGACUAUGAAAGGAACAAUCAGGCAUGGAGGUUGGAAGAGUGGAAAAUCUCAGUAGAGAAACAGUGGGGAGGGGAGAUGUAGGAGAGAGGGGGCCAGAACUUUAGGCUUUUCUGCAGGAGCUGACUCUUUACGCCAGCUGUAUCUGCUCAAACACACUUCUGUUACUCGUCUGAAUACACCACCAUGUUCAUCAAUAUCUUCUCUCCUCUCUUGCAAGAACGCUUCGACAUGACUCUCUUCUCCUCUGUUGUCCAUCCAUUGCUGGGUGUGUUUUUCCCUGGGCAUGUACAUGUGUGCAACUUUGUUUCACAACAAUGCGUGUAUGUAUGAAUUUAUGUAUGCGUCCC